UAGAGCAUCUCAUAUAUUUCAUGGAGCCUGUUUGCUGCUGUGUCUCUCUGAGGAAGCAUCAGUACCUUCGGAGAAACACACACACACCCACACACACACGCAGGCACGGAGAGCGUAAAGUGGGUCAUAGCGCUGGCAUUCCUGCGCAAUGGUGACUUUUUUUCCCCCCUUCCAAGGAUGCACACCGAGGAAUAGCUGACCAAACACAAACAAACAAACGGAUGUAGCACGAGUUCAUCUUGGUGGGGAAUUCAAACUGUCGCCCAACAGCUGAAGCAGACUGUCGGGCAAAGCUGAUGAAAUAUCCAAAUGGCCAACUCUGGCAGGGUUAAGCCACUGCUCUGCGCGCCAUCACUCACUCUCUCUCACUCCACGCCAGCCUUUUAGGCUCUUGCUUGUUAAUCACCGCUCUCUGUCCAUUGAGCGAGUGAGAAAUCGGCUUAUGUUUUUUUUUUUUUUUGCCUCUGUGUUGCGCGGAGAAGAGAGGGAUGUGCGCGCAGGGGCUGUGGAUGCGAGAGGUUUGAUGGUCGCAGAUGAUACAGGGAGGCAGAUGCUUGAGGAGCAGUUAGUUCAUGGGCUCGUUUAUUCUUCUUUUGGACCAAAACAAAGUGACACUUGAUCAUGGCGCGCCUUUUGUGAACGUCCAGUCAUCAUGGAGAAAUGGACCAGUCAGGCAUGUUUUGAUUGUUGAUUUCAAACCACAACAACCAAGGAGAUUAAAACGAUGUCCAAAACGCAUGGGGGGACCUUGUGAGAGAAACAACUCCAGUCCUAAAUGGCGGAACUUGAAGUUUGCAGAAAUCUCAGUUUGGAAAAGAUGGAGCGAUGCAUGAGUGUGAUGCAGUCCGGGACACAGAUGGUAAAGCUGAAGGCUGGAUCCAAAGGGCUGGUGAGACUCUUCUACCUGGAUGAGCAUCGCUCCUGCAUUCGCUGGAAGCCCUCACGCAAGAGUGAGAAGGCUAAGAUCACCAUUGAUUCGCUGUACAAAGUGACAGAGGGAGGUCAAUCGGACAUCUUCCAUCGGCACGCAGAUGGCAGCUUCGACCCAGCCUGCUGUUUCACGGUGUACCAUGGAAACCACAUGGAGUCCCUCGACCUUGUGACGUCAAAUGCAGAAGAAGCCAGAACCUGGAUAACUGGCCUCCGUUACCUGAUGGCUGGGAUCAGUGAUGAGGACUCGCUGGCCAAACGGCAGCGAACACAUGACCAGUGGCUGAAGCAGACGUUUGAAGAGGCGGAUAAGAACGGAGACGGACUCCUGAACAUCGAAGAGAUCUACCAACUUCUUCACAAGCUGAAUGUCAAUCUGCCGCGCAGGAAGGUCAAACAAAUGUUUCAGGAAGCAGACACGGACGACCAGCAGGGCACGCUGACGUACGAGGAGUUCUCCGUCUUCUAUCGGAUGAUGUCUCUGAGGCGGGACCUGUUCCUGCUGAUGAUGGCCUACAGUGACAGGAAGGACCACCUGACAGCGGAGGAGCUGGCCAACUUCCUGCGCAACGAGCAGAAGAUGACCAAUGUGACUCCAGAAUAUGUUACAGAAAUCAUUGGCAAGUUUGAGAUGUCUCAAGAGAAUAAACAAAGUGGCAUCAUCGGGAUUGAAGGUUUUACAAAUUUCAUACGCAGUCCAACGUGUGACAUUUUCAACCCUUUGCACCAUGAGGUGAAUCAAGACAUGGAGCAGCCUCUGUGUAACUACUUCAUCGCUUCUUCUCAUAACACAUACCUGACCGGAGACCAGCUCCUCUCCCACUCCAAGACCGACAUGUAUGCCUGGGUGCUGCAGUCAGGCUGCCGCUGUGUAGAAGUGGAUUGUUGGGACGGUCCUGACGGAGAGCCGGUAGUCCAACACGGUUACACCCUGACCUCCAAGAUACCGUUCAAGUUGGUUAUAGAGACCAUCAAUAAAUACGCCUUCAUAAAUAACCAGUACCCUGUAAUUUUGUCCAUUGAGAACCACUGUACCAUCCAGCAGCAGAAGAAGAUUGCUCAGUACCUGCGAGAAAUCUUUGGAGACAAACUGGAUGUGGGAGACGUCCUGACCAGAGACUCCAAAAUAUUACCCAGUCCUCACAGCCUGAGGGGAAAGAUACUCAUCAAAGGGAAACGCCUGCCUGCCUAUCUGUCUGCGGACGCUGAGGAAGGGGAGGUCUCUGAUGAUGACAGCGCUGAUGAAAUUGAGGACGACUUCAAGCUUAAGAACAGUAAUAGCAACGGUCAUCACCAGGUGGAGUCUCACAUCAGAAAGAAAUUAGACUCUCUGCUGAAGGAGUCUCGAAUCGGAGACAAGGAAGACACUGACAGUUUCAGCAUCCGUGCACUGCUCCGGGCUACACACCAGGGUCUCCAGAAGAACCUGCGGCAGAGCUCCAAAGGGGUUUUGAAGAAAUCCCAGAGCAGAUCCUUCAUCACGACGCUCAAACAGAAGAGGCACUCAAAAUCCAGGCUGUCAUGCCAAAGUGUGGACAAGGAGGACGACGAUCAGGAGAGGUGUGGGAGGGAGGCCGGAGGACAGUUAACCAGGGGCGGGAGGAAGAGGAAGACAAUGAAACUGAGUAGAGAUCUGUCAAACCUGGUGGUGUUCACCAACUCUGUUGCCUCACAGGAGUGUCUGAAUGAAGGUACUCCAGGUGACGUUCUGUCUUUCAGCGAGACCAGAGCGCAGUCCCUGGUCAAUCACAGAGCCGAACAAUUCCUGGCUUUUAACCAGAGGCAGCUGUCACGGAUUUAUCCCUCAGCCUAUCGCAUCGACUCAUCCAAUUUCAACCCCCAGUUUUACUGGAACGUGGGCUGUCAGUUGGUUGCUCUGAAUUAUCAGACAGAAGGCAGGAUGAUGCAGCUCAACAGAGCCAAGUUCAUGGUGAAUGGAGGUAUCGGCUACGUCCUCAAACCUCCUCCCAUGUGUAAAGGCUCCUUCAACCCAUUCAGUGAUGACCCGCUUCCAGCGUACCCUAAGAAGCAACUCAUUCUCAAGAUCAUUAGUGGACAGCAGUUGCCCAAACCACCAGACUCCAUGCUGGGAGACCGUGGAGAGAUUAUUGAUCCAUUUGUCGAAGUGGAAAUCAUCGGUCUGCCAGUUGAUUGCUGCAAGGAACAGACAAGAGUUGUUGAUGACAACGGUUUUAAUCCAGUAUGGGAAGAGACCCUGUCCUUUACGCUUCACAUGGCUGAGGUGGUUUUGGUGCGAUUCCUUGUCUGGGACCAUGACCCAAUUGGACGGGAUUUUAUUGGUCAACGGACUGUUGCCUUCAGCAGCUUGAUGCCUGGUUACAGGCAUGUUUACUUGGAGGGGUUGACAGAGGCUUCCAUCUUUGUGCAUGUGUCAGUACAUGAUGUCUAUGGGAAGUGGAGCCCUCUAGUCCUGAAUCCCAGCUUUACCAUAAUGCACUUUCUAGGAUCUAACAAGGGUAAUCAGCUGCGAGGUAUCCGGGGUUUGUUCAACCGAUCUUCCAAGUCGUCUGUGGAUACAAACAGUGGUCUUCGGAAACGCUCCAUCAGUGAUCACCUCCUGCGGCGCACAGCAAGUGCCCCAGCAAAAGGACGGAAGAAGACCAAGAUUGCGCUAUCGGAGUCAGUGGCUUCAAUAUCAGAACAAAAGAAUGGCACAGGUGCAGGAGCAGGAGGUGAGGGCAUGUCAGGGAAGGAAGGAAGGGUGGAAAAGCGUCUCCAGCCCCGAGCCCCUCUCACCCAUAGACCUAUCUCCAUGCCCUUAGACAGGCUUCUGCAAGGGCAGCUGUCUCUCUGCUCCUCAGACAAGGAACAACAAGACAUUUGUGCAGACUCUAUCAUUGGAGUUUUCAACAGGCCCAGGUCUUCCUCUUUGGACCCUUUCAUUGAAUCAUCAUUCUCUAUUGAACCAAGCACCUCUUCCCCUGCUAAGACAUACGUCAACAGAAACAAAGAAUUUGACCGACAAAAAGAGGCUUCUUAUCUGGUUAUUGGCGAAGGAGAAGUAAGAAAGGAAGAAGAUUACGCCAAUUACCAGUCAGAAGACAAUGGAGUCAACAUAUCAAAGGUCAUCACCAGAGGAACAGAGGAAAACUGCUUUGUCUCAUCUUCCAGAAACAACCAGAUGAGAUCAGAUAAACCAGAAACAUCAUCAAACAGCACAUCAUUCACAGUUGCGCCAUCCAUCUCCUCGUCAUCAUCCUCUGCCCCCUCUUCUAUGGCCCCUCUUUCGCCUGUGAGCAUGGACUGUGAUUUGAAGAGUCCCAGCUCUUUACACGACAGCACUAUCUCCAGACUCAUUGACGCUGUAUCCUUAGGCAAUGAACAAGACACAUGUGGCUCUAUUUCUGCUCUCAUUGGUCAGUUUGAAAACACUGUUGACCAAAAUGAUCUCUCAACCUUAUCUCACAACCACUCAAACUUCAGGCGUACCACUCCAAAAGCACUGCAAGAUUUUAGAUCUCCUCUGAAGUCUAGCACUGCAUCUACUAACAAGAAACACUUAAUAAGUCCCCAAAAGGUAGAUCACAUAACAAAUAAUGUAAAACAUGACAUCCCAGGCCUUUCCCACACAGAUGCACCUGCUUCAGCCCUCCUUUCCAGCCCAGAAACUGCUGAGCUUGAGGAGGUGUACACCAUUCUGGAUGAGGAAGUACUGUUGCCUGUAUCAGUGUAUAACCUGAAGAAACAGACAGUUCAUGUUCAGGCAGAGAGUACACCAAAGAGCUUGAUGUCAUCAGCAAAGGCAAAUCAAAGUUUAGGGAAGGGGCACAAUGUGGGUUGGGAUGAUAUGCACAGAAAGAGGGGCGGGAGUGAAGAAACUGAAGAGGCCGAGGAGAGUGUAUACGAGGAAGUGUAUGAUCCCCCAGCACCAGUACCAGAGAUAGAACGGGGUACUUCUAAAAGGUAUAUGGGCUCCUCUGUAAACAACAACUGUUUUCAGUUUCUCCAUGACUCAUUUGGUAAUGCUUUUGAUGAAGUGGAGAUAAAUGUUGAUGAGGAUCCAUUGGAGGUGCUGACCUCACCGAAACAUGGCAGCCUAUGGGAGGGGCUCAUAAGUCCAACCAAACGCCAUGCUAUUUACCAAAACCAUGAUUCUACUUCCCACUACUCCCAACAGCCUUCACCAUACCGCGAUCUUCAGCAGCAGUAUCCGGCACAUGCACCACAUGUAGUGUUUUCACAAUGUCCCUUCCCAAUGAAUCAACCUUCUUAUCACUACCAACACCAGAGCAAGUCCCAGCCUUCUCCAUUCCACAGACCCACCAACUCUAGACCCUCCAACCCUAGUCCACUGCGUCAGAACAGCUACCCUGUUCCUCAGAGCAAUUCUGAGGCCCUUAACAGAGACUUUAGCAGUUCCUACACACAACAGAGGAGCUAUGGUAGCAGCCAGAUCCUAAAUAAGUCUCAUCAAGAUAGGUUAGGGUAUAAACAAAUGGAGAGGGAGCAAGUAAGCUGCUACCAGAAUGGGUUCUCCUCUUCUGAAAGCCUCCCUGGACAAUCUGCCACAUCUAUAAACAUCUGUAGAGACAGAGGCCUAUAUUCCCCUACAUCAGACUGUGAUGUGGUGUACAGCCACCUGGACUAUGACUGCAUUACGCCCCCAUCAGAGCCUUCAGCUCUUCGAAACACCCAGCUGCACUCCCAAAGUCAAACACAAUCAUGCACCCCAAAGCAGCCAUGGAACCAAAAGGUUUCCAUUAAUAAUACAAGCCAGCAGUCACAACCUGAAUCCAGAGUUUCGCAACACUCAAAUUUAGGCACUUUAUCAACAAAACCCAAGCCUGGUACCAUAGACUCCACAGCCCCCAGUCCAUGUAAGUCCAAGUCCCUCGGAGACCUGACCUCUGAAGACAUAUCAUGUAACUUUCAGAGCAAAUACCACAUAAUUAGUCGCAGUUUCAUCACUCCUCACAUGAGGAAGCAAAAGAGGAUGGGCACCAUGGGGGAAGUAACUUUUCAGUCGCAGUCUUGUGAUCCACUUACAGAACAGCUACGUAAGCUGGUCAGUCUGGAGGGGGAUGAUAGUGACAGAGAUAGGCCACAGUCUACUCAGUUGCAUCAGGAAUCAAAAUCCCCACAACCUCAGCCACAGGCAACAAGUAUAGCUUCUGUUGUUUCCAGGGAUGUAGAUGAUUCCCCUCCACUCCUUACCCGUCGUCUAUCCUCUCGGAGCCAAAGCCGAGUGCGUCACAUCAACAACCGUGCCCGUGAGAGACAGCAAGAUGCUCUAAAGCCUCGGGCAGGCAUGGUGAUCAAUAGUACUGCCAGCAUUGGUGGGGUAGUAUUGAGGAAUAAACCCGCCUCACAGAAUCCACCAGCUAACAGACACUCUACUGGGUCUUACAUAGCAGGCUACCUGGGUCAGCUGGAGGACAGAGGACUUCCUGAAGGUGCUUGUACAUCAUUACGUUAUGGAAAUGGGGAUCAUUAUGGAGAUCGGUACUAUACCGAUGACUCUCUUCCACCUGCUGACUCCAACCACUCUGUGUCAGAGCCUGAGGUCUACUUUCUGCUCAGACUAUAACUCUGACCGUAUCCAUAAAAACAGAUCAAUGAUCAAGCAGUGGACAGUUAUGAUGUUUUAUUACACCAAAAGCCAAGAAGAUCAAUAAAAUAGAUACAAUUGUUUGAUUUCAUGUCCACAUACCAGUAUGUUUCCCUUAUAACAGUUAAGAUAAUCUUAUUUUGGGCUAUUUCUAGAGAAAGAUAUAGUCUAUAUAAUGUAAGUGAAAUGCCACAUAUAAUCCAAGAUUGGAUCUGACAGCAUGAAAUUCCUGUUUGAAAUGUACACUAUUCAAUAGUGAAUGGUCUUUCUAGUCUGGCGGUGUAUUGUCUAUAUUCUUCUUAAUGUGUAAAUGUAUUUGGGAACUUUGUUUCCCUCCAAAUGGCUUCCUAAACUGAUUGUACACAUACUUGUUAUCUUUGUCCCUGUGAUGUAUUGUCCAAACUUUGUACAUUGACUAUGAAGCAAAAAAAAAGAGAAAAAGAAAGAAGAAGGGUUUUUAGACAGAGAGAAAAUGUCUUUCUUUGUAUGAUUUGAAUGUGUAGUAUAAUCAAAUAGCUACUUUUAAUCGAUGGGAUUCAUCUUUUUCAAAGAUCAAAUGUAAGUCUUCCUUCUCUUUUCAGUGGUAUUUCUUUAUUUGUGUUGUGUGUAAAUAUUCCUGUCGUUGUUUUUAAUCUGAGAUGGGUUUUAGUUGAGAAGCAAUUCUAACUGUACAUUUAUUUUGUUUGUGCAUGUUACCUGUGAACAUGUCAGGCAUGACUAUGCACCAAUUUAUACAAUAGAUGUUGCAUCACCCAACAACAAUUGCACAGAACAAAUAGUUGCAUUGGAUACAACAGAGGACAUAGGCUUGUUUGUAUUAGGUGCAAUACAAUAUAUUACAUACACUUCACCAUGCUUGGACUUGUUACUCUCUAUGAUUUGUAGAAUUUGAAAACAUGUUUGCAAAUUUUAAAGAUUUGGAGUUAAAAGGUUUUUAUUUUUAUAAUUGCUUUGAUACAGACUGCAAAAAUAAUCUCUUAUGGUUAUGAUGAUUUUUCAUUUUGUAUAACUUAAUGGAAUAAAAAAAAAAGACAGAGUGAUGACUAUAAAGGGCCAGGCUGAGGAAGGGAGGGUAGCAAAGAAGCUUUUUUUUUUUUAUUGUUCCAGUGUUACAC